AUGACUGAUCCAGAUCGAAACAUUGAAAGAGAUAUCAAUCGAUUUGAUGACAUUUUCCAUCAAUUUGAUGAGGAAGAAGAUACAAACAUUGAUUUUGAUAAUCUUUAUAUGAAUAUUGGCAAAGAUAAUAAUAAUGAUGAACGACCAGCUUUAACACCAAGUACAACAACAGAUAACAUAUCGAAAAAAAUGAAACCCGAUAACGAAGAAUCAACUAGUAAUCAAAUACCAAGAUAUUUAUCAAGUCAUAAUAAAGCAUUUGAACAAAUGAUCAAUCCUAUACUUGAAAAAACGACAACAACUUCUAUCAAUAUUGAAUAUUUACGAGAGAUUGCUAUUCUUAUUCACCAACUUGAAUGCAUUGAUCUUGAUAUAUUACUAUGGACUACAUAUUUAUGUUCUGGGACAGGUACAUUAAAGCCACAAGCAACAACAUCGACACUCUUAUUAUGGCCUUUAGAAGUUAAACAGAGAAUGAUUGAUCGUGGUCAAGCAACUGCAUCUGAUCCAAAUGAAAUAGAUCAUGCUUCUUGUUUGAAUUAUGUUCAGAGAGUACUACAAAAAUUUCGAAACCAAACUGAACAUUAUCAAGCUCAAUUGAAAGAAAGAAAAAAACGUUUAAACAAUUGUUGGACAUGUGAAAUCGGAGAAGCUAUUACUAAAUUUGUUCAACAACAUGUCACACCUAUAUAUAAAGUACCUACAGAAGAACAAAUUGCUAUCGUUCAAUAUGAUUAUAAUGAUCGAUUGAUUCAAUUAGAAUAUUAUCAACAAAAUCCAAAUGAAUAUCAAAAACAAAUAUUUGAAAAUCUUACUCAAGCCAAAUAUGAAAAAGAAACAUCUAAAUUUGAUGUAGCAAUAUUAAAACAACGUAUUGUUUAUAAUCAUUUACCACAAUCAUUUGAAUCACUUAAAAUACCUCCACCCAUAUCAUUCGAUACAAUUACUGAUACGAUGACUUGUCAACGUUUAAAGGAUCGAUGUGAGAAAAUUUUACAACGGACGAAAUCUGAAAUGAUGAUGAUUUAUAUUGCAACAGCCGAAGCAAAAAUGAAUGAAUAUGAAAAGAAAUUCGAUACAGACUUGGUUAAAAUGAAAGGAAAUCAAUGUUCUGGUCCAUCACAUAAAAAAUUAACUCAAACAAUGUUGAAUAUUAUGGAACGACGUUUUCAGAAUAUAAAUGAACGUCUUACAUGUCUUUACAAAUUAAAACUACGUUUUUUCGUCAAAGCUCCGACGGAACAAGUUACAUUUCUUAAUCGUGGACCAACCUAUGUUCCACCAUGUCAAAUACAUAUUUUAUCAAAAUCUUCUUUAAUACUGGCUCAAAUCGUUACGAAACAAAUGGCACCACUUCAACGAGAACUUGCAAAACUUUUCAUCAAAUAUCCAAUCGAUCUCUCUCGUCAAAUGCAUUUUGAAAACGGGAUUGAACAAUUAUUCAACGAAUCAUUUCUUCAACCUAUGCCUUCUGUACUUGAAGAGCGUGCACUCUAUGAAAAACAACUCAUUCUAUCAAUUAGAUAUCAAUUAAAUAAAGAUCAAUUGAUUCUACGGCGAACCGCUGAUGAGAUGAAUACAUAUUAUCUUGGUCGAUUGAAUGAAUUUAAUCAAAAAUCGAAUGAAUAUAUUCAGAAUUCAACUUGUUACGAACUGAUUGAAACAAUUAAUGAAAUUAAUACAGAACAACAACAAUUAGAAAGAAUUAUUCAAUCUAUUGAUUUACAACUGGAAAUAUUAUAUCAAAGAAAAUUGAUUAAAGAAGAUCAUUUAAUCAGAUUAAGUAUUGGCAAAAAAACAAAUAUCAAUCUUCCAUAUCUUUAUUUCUUACCAGAAACUAAUGAAAAUGUUCAUAUGUCAGUACAACCACGACUAUCAUCAUGUCAGCAUUGUCCAAUAUAUACUCUAGCUACUUAUCUUAAUCAACUUCUUCGACCAUUAUUUGAUAAUUUUUCACGAUCAACAACAUUUCUUAAUGGUGGUGAUUUUAUACAAAAACUACAAUAUUAUUGUAUACAACUAGAUCUUCUUCUACCGAAAACAUAUUUUGCAACAUUUAAAAUUCAUGAUUUAUAUACGAAGAUAUCACAUUCGGCUCUUCUUGAAGCAUUAAAUAUAUUUCUAAUGAAUCCACUUGUCAAUGGUCAACAUCAAAAAUUAUCAAGUGAUGCUAUUCAAGAAUUAACUGCAAUAGUCUUACGAAAUAAUGUUUUCUCUUAUAAUGGAAAAAUCUAUCGAUUUAUUAAAGGAGGUCCAUUAAAUUUACCAUUAAUAGAAUUAUUAUGUCAUAUUUAUAUGCAUCAUUGGCAAUAUUCAUUAGUUACACAUAUUUGUUUGAAAGAUACAUUCUAUGGUCGAUAUAAAGAUUCAAGUUUUUUAACAUGGAAUGGUCCGAUUGAUCAAUUGCAAACAUUAUUCAAUAAACUUGAACAAGAACUAGAUUCGAAUCUUCAAAUGACAACAUUUAUUAGUAGUGAUGUUCAUUUUCUUCAUGCUGCUAUUGAAAAGCGAAAAGGAUCUUUACAUACUCAUGUCCAUCAUGAUUCAACAAUUCAACCAUUUUUAUUACCUUAUGAGCAUAGUCAUCCACGCUUAUUUCAUCGACAAUGGUUUCGAGCUGCUCUUAUACGUGUUGGUCAAUAUUGUAGUUCGUUCGAAGAUUUUGAAGACGAACGACUUU